AAAACCAUUUCUUCUCAUUUGUCAUACUCAUAUGUGUCCUCUUGCUCUUACUCACCACCAUCAUCACAUGGGUUUAUGUUUUCUACUAGUACAUGCUUGAUGCUUUGAUUCCCAUAAGUUACUCGUGUUUUGCGGAUGGCUUCGCUGAAAAAGUUAGCCCACCAUAAAAUAUUAUUUUCGACUUGAACAUAAUUAUCUCGUACCAGCCGUGUGCUGGUGAGCGCGGAACUAAAUUCACGUGAGCUUGUAUUAUUCACGUAGUCCAGUGAAAACUCACAGCACACCUCACUCCACUCCACUCCACUCCACUCCACCGGAAGCAGCAGCAGAAAUAUGGAGAAAGGAGCGAAGGCGCUUCGUCGACUUCUGCAAUCCCCAGGGGUUCACCAGGGCCCUAUUGCUUUCAACGCUCUCAGUGCCAAGCUCGUUGAAUCCGCCGGAUUCCCCUUCUGUUUCACCGGCGGUUUCGCCAUCUCCGCCGCCAGAUUGGCUUUGCCAGAUGCCGGACUCAUUUCCUACGGUGAAAUGGUCGAUCAGGGCCGCCUCGUCACCCAGGCCAUCUCUGUCCCUGUCAUCGGCGACGCCGAUACCGGUUUCGGAAACUCGGUCAACGUCAAGAGAACAGUUAAGGGUUACAUCGCUGCUGGCUUUGCCGGAAUCAUGCUCGAAGAUCAGAUAUCUCCAAAAGCAUGUGGGCACACCCAAGGGAGGAAAGUGGUGUCUAGAGAAGAGGCGGUGAUGCGGAUCAAGGCAGCCAUUGAUGCCAGAACAGAGAGUGGCUCUGAUAUUGUCAUUGUGGCACGAUCCGAUGCACGACAAGCUGUGUCUUUGGAGGAAGCUCUCAUCAGGGCAAAGGCUUUUGCAGAAGCUGGAGCUGAUGUUCUUUUCAUUGAUGCACUCGCCUCAAUUGAAGAGAUGAAAGCUUUCUGUCAAGUUGCUCCCCAUGUUCCAAAAUUGGCCAAUAUGCUUGAAGGAGGAGGUAAAACACCAAUACUCAGCCCUCGUGAGCUUGACGAAAUUGGCUACAAGCUUGUUGUUUAUCCACUUUCUUUGCUGGGGGUUUCUAUAAAAGCAAUGCAGGAUGCACUUGCUGCCAUUAAGGAUGGCGGUGUUCCUCCGCCUGAAAGCAUGCCAUCUUUUGAAGAAAUUAAGGAUAUCGUAGGUUUCAAUGCUUAUUAUGAAGAAGAGAAGCGUUAUGCUACAAGCUCCGGUCAACAGAUUUAAUAGAGAGGAAGGAGAGAUGAAUCUUUAAAAUUAAUAUCAACCCUUUUACCAAGGGGGGCAUUGUUUGUUAACUGAUAAUGGCAAUGGCUGGAGGCUAAUUAGAUUCAUAAGCAAUCAUUUCCUACUUCUCUCUUCUUAACUAUGUCUGUACUCUCUAGGAUAUGUUCAGCACUGAAGUAUGAAUAUCAAGCUAAAUAUCUGAUCAGUGAAUUUCAGCUAUCUUUUCAUAAGUGAAUUUCUCUGUUUAACUUCUAGGUGAAAAUCAAAGACUGAAGAAAGUUCGUGCUGAUAAAUUGUAAAUAUACAAUGUAUUUCUUUCUUGCA